AUGGCGGCUUCACCAAACCUUCACCCCUCCUCAAAAAUCUUCAUCAUCGGCUCAGGCGUCUUCGGCCUCUCUACGGCACUAUGGCUGGCCCGCUCAGGAUACACGGACGUCACCGUCCUCGACAUGCAAGACACAGCCAGGGCAGGCUAUGAUCCAGACGAGAUAGACAGCGCCUCGGCAGACAUCAACAAGAUCAUCCGCUUCAGCUACGGCACCGAGAUCGAGUACCAGCGACUCGCCUCCGAUGCGGCUGUGAUGUGGGAGGAAUGGAACCAGCAGCUCGCCCGUGCCAAGGACGAGGACCUCCCACCGGGGCUUAGGGAUUGGGCGGGUGAGAGGAAGCUGUGGUGGAACGUUGGGAUGUUGAGGAUGAGCGCGACGGACGAUUUUGGCGACUUCGAGAUGCGGACCCUGGAGAAUAUGGAGAAGGAGGGUCUCAGGGACCGGCAAUUCAAAAGCGAUGACGCUGCAGACCUUGAAAGGGCAAAGGAAAGAGGGUGGGCCCAUAAAUUAGACCCGUGUGACCGAGAAGUUCGAUUUGGUGUCCACAAGGCGGUGUUGGACUCGACAGCCGGAUAUGUCCUCGCAUACAAGAGCUGUGCUUGGGCGAGACAUCUUGCCGAGAAGGCGGGCGUGCGAUUCGUCCUCGAUGCCGAGAAGGGAAGAGUUGUCAAAAUCGACGAGCAAAGCGGCAAGCCGAGAGUCACGACCGCCGAUGGCACGAUACACGAGGCGGAUGUGCUCGUUGUGGCCUGCGGUGGAUGGACACCAAGCCUUCUCCCAGAGCUAUCCCACCUCCUCGAGACAACAGCUGGAUCGGUCGCGACCAUCAAAAUUCCGAAAAGCAACGUGGAGCUUUGGGACCGCUUUUCUCCGCAAAACUUCCCCGUUGUGACAUGGGGCAUGAAAGAGGGCAUGGGUAUAUACAGCUUCCCGCGGGAUGAGAACGGGAUAAUCAAGAUAGGGUACAGAGCAACCAAGUAUACCAACUUCGACGAAGUGGACGGUCGGCGCAUAUCUGUCCCGAAGACAGCCCACGUUACCGAAUGCAAAGAGACAAACGUGCCACUGAAGUCGCUACAAGGCAUCAAAGAUUACAUCAACCACGCCCUUCCCUCCCUAGCGCCUUUAGGGAUAUCGUCCACCAAACUAUGCUGGUACACUGACAGCAUCGACAACUCAUUUCUGAUCAGCUACCUCCCAGACAAGCCCGAUGAUAGCAGGAGUAAAAUACUGGUUUGCUCAGGUGGAAGUGGCCAUGGCUUCAAAUUUCUGCCCAUUCUGGGUCAACAAGUGGUCAAGAUCCUGGAAAGUAGGACUGAGGGGAACGUUUAUGCAGAUAUGUGGGCAUGGCGGGAAGCUCAGAAGGGAGGAAAGAGGAACGGCCUCGAAGAAGGGGAGAACGGGCCGCGUGUGUUAGCGAAGCAAACUAUGGCAAGCGAGAAGGACUGGGUUCUACAAUAG